AUGAGACCUCUCUUCAUUCUAUUGGUGGCGGAUGACAAGAUUACCAACGUUGGCACAAGUCCUCUCUUCAUUUUGUUGAUGGUGGAACCGAUGUGGAUGACAAAGACUAUCAAUGGCGCAAGUCCUUUCUCUAUUGGCAUGAGCUCUCUUCAUUUUAUUGGUGGUGAAGCCGAUGUGGAUGACAAGACAAUCAACUGGCACAAGUUCUUCACAAGUCCUUUCUCUCUUGGCAUGAGCUCUCUUCAUGUUAUUGGUGGUGAAGCCGAUGCAGAUGACAAGGCUAUCAUUUGGCACAAGUCCUCUCUUCAUUUUAUUGGUGGUGAAGCCGAUGCGGAUGACAAGACUAUCAUUUGGCACAAGUCCUCUCUUCAAUUUGUUGGUGGUGAAGCCGAUGCGGAUCAAAAGGCUAUCAUUUGGCACAAGUCCUCUCUUCAUUUUAUUGGUGGUGAAGCCGAUGCGGAUGACAAAGACUAUCAAUGGCGCAAGUCCUUUCUCUAUUGGCAUGAGCUCUCUUCAUUUUAUUGGUGGUGA